UCUCCUCUUGUCCGUUAUCUCCACCAUAACCAUACUAUAAAUAUUCGCGCCUAGCAAACCGAGUUUUUACUUUUCUUCUACACCAUUUGACGGAUUCUUUCGUCUUUCCCUCUCUCUAUAGCUGUUUGGCUCGUCGCUGUUUUCUCUUUCCCUGUUCCAAUUUCCCAUCUCGGCCAUGUCAACGGCGGAGAUGGAGCCGCUGACCUCAGGAGCGAGCAAUCGCAUCAUUCCGAUUCUGAAAACCCUAAGAAAUUCCCUCGUUUUUGUCCAAACAAUCCUUCUCUCUCUCCUCCUGCUUCUCUUCCCUCGCCGUCGCUCCUCCCCGUCUAUGUCGCCGGACUCCUCGCCGCAGUCUCCGGCUAAGUCUUCGAAGCGGCGAUCAUUGUGGCGUUUAGAAGAGGAGGAUACCUUAAGAAGGAGAGCACUUGCCGAGGGAAUAGAUAUGACCGGCGAUGGGGGCUCCCAGUGCCGAUGGAACACUUUUUUAUUCUUCGGUGUUAGACGAAACGCUCUCUUUUGCCGCUCGUGGUUACCGGUCACCGGUGAAUUGAAGGGCAUUUUGAUCAUUAUUCAUGGGCUUAAUGAGCACAGUGGAAGGUAUGGUCAAUUUGCUAAGCAGCUUACCUCAUGCAACUUUGGAGUCUAUGCAAUGGAUUGGAUAGGUCACGGUGGGAGUGAUGGAUUGCAUGGAUAUGUUCCUUCGCUAGACCAUGUCGUAGCAGACACUGGGGCUUUCUUGGAAAAGAUCAAGUCAGAGCACCCUGGGGUACGAUGCUUCCUUUUUGGUCACUCAACCGGAGGGGCUGUGGUUUUAAAGACAGCCACAUGUCCUCGCAUUGAAGAGAUGUUGGAGGGGAUCGUCCUGACCUCGCCAGCUUUGCGUGUUAAGCCAGCCCAUCCUAUUGUCGGGGCUGUGGCUCCUAUUUUUUCUCUGAUUGUCCCACGGUUCCAAUUUAAAGGAGCAAACAAAAGGGGCAUUCCAGUUUCCAGGGAUCCUGCUGCACUUCUGGCCAAGUAUUCUGAUCCAUUGGUAUAUACGGGGCCCAUAAGGGUCCGAACAGGCCAUGAGAUAUUGCGUAUAUCCUCAUACUUGAUGCGUAACUUCAAGUUCGUGACUGUCCCAUUCUUUGUUCUCCAUGGAACCGCUGACAAAGUGACAGAUCCACUAGCAUCCCAGGAUUUGUACAAUGAGGCAGCCUCUAUGUUCAAAGACAUGAAGCUCUAUGAUGGCUUCUUGCAUGACCUUCUAUUUGAGCCAGAACGUGAAGAGAUUGGGCAGGACAUUAUCAGUUGGAUGGAGAAGAGAUUAGGGUACCAAUUCUGAAAAUGUUUAUAGUCAGUGGUAGGUUAUCUUGCACGAUAGGGAAUGGGUACGGGUUACAUUAUUCAUUCACGUUUGUGCAUUUGCGUUUGUGGAACCUGUAAUUAUGAAAUAAGUCUUCACAUAUAGUUGUUCAUUUAACGUGUAUGUUUCUUCUUCUCUUUUAACUUUUCUUAGUAUAUUUGGAAUUUGUAUAGAACAGCGUUAUACAUAUAAAAUCUUGUCAUUAAUGAA